CAUGAAUACACUGUAGUAUGUAUGGCCUGUUCGUUCGCGCGUGCAAAGAAGAACGUGCAUUUGCUCAAGGCCGCCCUAUAAACAAGGGUGCUUGCUUGGUUGAGAAAUAUCAUACUUGAAACAGAAGGAAAAGGUGCGAAACAGAACAAAGCCCGUACCAUGUCUCAACCUUCAACAGGUAAAAACACGGCUAGAGUGUUGCAAAGCUCUUGCGGGGAAUGGAGAAGCAUCGACGUUCCUUCGUGUUCCACAAAGUCUUCUAAUACUAAUAGCUCUCCCAAACGAGGAAAUCCUCCCGAUGAUAUAGUAGAUUAUGCAUUUCCAAAAAAACAAUUAAAGGUCCACAUGACAGACAGAACGAAUUCUGUUACAGUGAAUCGAAGGAGUGUGCAUAACUCUUGUCCUAUGCCGUGGUUUGGGAUGGACAUUGGAGGCACUUUAGUAAAGUUGGUUUAUUUCGAGCCACACAAUCCUUCUCCAUCAAAUAACUUUUCUCAGGUACAGACUUUGGAAGAAAUAGAAUUUUUUUUAAAGAACAAUGAAACGUGCAGGAAAGGAGGAGGAGGAAAAGACACGCAUCUUAAGAUUAAGAAUAUAUACAUUCAUGGAAAUCUAGGUACCUUACACUUUUUCCAUUUCCCAACCAGUGAAAUGGACAUGUUUCUACAAUCUGCGAAAUCUAAAGGAAUGUCAUUGUUACCUUGUACUGCUUGUGCAACAGGUGGAGGAGCCUACAAGUUUGAGAGUGCGUUCAAAAAGGAAGUAAAUAUGGAUAUCCAUAAGUUCGAUGAAAUGGAUUCUCUUCUUCGUGGUAUUCAUUACAUUGACGCUAAUUAUCAAGAAGAAUGUUAUUACUUCGAAAAUCCAGUUGAUGAUAAAUUCUGUGAAAAAAAAGUGUUUGACUUCUCAUCUCCAUAUCCGUACCUUGUUGUAAACAUAGGGUCCGGAGUCAGCAUCCUAUCCGUAUAUGCUCCGGACUGUUAUAAACGUGUAACUGGCUCAAGUCUAGGUGGGGGUACAUUUCUCGGACUCUGUUCUCUUUUGACUGGUUGUGAAACAUUUGAACAAGCUAUUGCCCUAGCUGAAAAAGGUGAAAGUACUAAAGUGGACAAACUUGUAAAAGAUAUCUAUGGUGGGGAUUAUCCGAGAUUUAAUCUUCAAGGGGACACUGUUGCUAGUAGUUUUGGAAACAUGACUUGCCAAGAACGCCGCUCACUAGUUAGCAGAGAAGAUCUGGCAAGAGCUACUUUAGUUACGAUUACCAACAAUAUUGGGUCGAUAGCGAGAAUGUGUGCGGUCAAUGAGGGAAUGGAACAUGUAGUGUUUGUCGGUAACUUUCUUAGAGUAAAUCCAAUUUCCAUGAAAUUACUAGCUUAUGCAAUGGAUUUUUGGUCAAAUGGAACUCUCAAAGCGUUAUUUUUGGAGCAUGAGGGCUACUUUGGAGCAGUGGGUUGUGUUGUUCAACUUUUAGAAACCUGACACUAAUGUUUUAUUGUGUCAAAAUAAAUAGAAUACAAAAUAAUGAUCAGAAUUAAGACACUUGCAGAAAGUUGCAAUAGAUAUAACCCUGGAUUUGGCAAAGAGGUGGGACCUUCAACGUACCAAGUCAUUCUUAUUAUUUUAUGUCCAUUACUAGUUGUGGGUGUCUGAUAGUAAAUUUUGAUACCAAGUAAUUGUACAGAUAGAUCUAAUUAAUAUUAUAUAAAAUUAUUCCAUGGUACCAUAUAAAAACAUUCAAACAGCUUCCUUUGAGAUCUUAAAAAUUACAACUUAUUUGGAAAAUGCAAGCUGAAUAAAAUGAAACUCGCCCAUUUACAUAAAAUUUGUUUUUCUUAGCUCAGUAAUGCAUAUAAAUUAUUGCUUUCGAUAAUAAGUAAAAUGAUAUUACCUACCAGGGUAGUUUGAUGUUAUGCAGUAUCACUCAACCAAUCCCUGUGGCAUGCUGUUUGAUAUAUUUAUGUAAUCAUCACCGUUCUGUGGAACUGAUUUUAUUAAUAAUAUAUUUUUUUAAGGUUUUGACUUAUAUAUAUCUAAAUCACAUGUAUGUAUAUCACAAUGAUAAAAAAAAUAAGUCCAAGUCCACUGAGAGGCAACUAAUUCAGAAAUAGAGAUAUAGAAAAAUAAAUAUAUGUUAGUGGUAAGGAAUGAGGCAUUGUAAGCUUAUCCUGUGAUAAUACCACUGAGAUAAUUUAAGGUCAAUUUCAUGAUCAUGUCCUUUAUAAUUUUACAUAAGAAGGUCACUGCACCUUUGAAGGGUCAUGAAAGGUUAAAAGCAUUAAAAUAAAAGUCUAGCUAAGGAAAGUAACACAGAUGCAUUGUGCUGCAGCUGCUCCCAAACUAUACACCUGGAAAAAAGUUAAGCACCCCCGUGUUUUUUUCAAGUGAUUCAGAUUCGACGUUCUUGUAACUGAUUAUAUAUUACCAUUCAAUCUAAACGUGUUUAUCAAAUGAAAUUAUGC